UAGUUUAUAGUGCCAUCUGUUCAAUAUAAAAGAUUUGUCACGUUAGGUUAAAACCGUCAUUGGGUGCAGUUGGGUGGUCUGGAUAAAUCUUUGAAGCGUUCGUUGAAAGUACAUCAGAAAGCUUUUUAAUCGAGUCAAUCCAGCCGCGACUUAGAUUACAUAAUAUUUGCUUCGUUAAGUUUUUUGUGGUGAAUGUAAAUGUUUAAUUUCGUCGUAUGACAACGAGUGAUCCGUGUAAAAAGUUCGCAUGUAAAUUGCAACAGUGUUUGAAAGAUAACAUCUAUCAACCAUCACGUUGUGAAGCAGUGAUAGAAGAAAUUCGACAGUGUUGUAUUGCACAUGCUGCAGUGUCAGUAGUUUGUGAUGGUAUAGACAUUUCCAAGCCAUACGAGCACAAUACAGUGGAUUACAAAAAGGCACAAAAAUGAUGUUAAGCAGGAAAGAUAGAGUAAAAUUCAACACAGGACUUCGAGUGGGUGCAUUAUUAUUUUCUGCUUAUAUUAUGUACACAUUGACACAAGUACCAGCUCUACCAAAAAGCAAGAAAUGAAUGCGAUUUGACAAUUAAUGUAUCAAUAAGUAGCAGAAAUACACAUAUGUAGUAAGUAA